AUGGCUUCUCCAUCCCGCAUCAGAGAAGUGAGAGGCAUGACAGAUGACCCACUGAAACAGUUGUCAGACCUGAAGCCCAAGCUGUUGGUGGAUGAUACAGAUGCAGUGCUCAAAAGAUUGCUUGAUGCUGCAAAAGCCAAGGGUGGUCAGGGAGGACGAGUUGACAUUGUCAUGGAUAAUGCUGGCUUUGAACUCCUAUCAGACUGGUGCCUGGCAGAAUUUUUGUUGAGUUCUGGACUAGCAACAUCAGUUCAUUUUCAUAUCAAAGCUAUGCCUUGGUUUGUCUCUGAUGUCACAGAAAAAGACUUCAAUUGGACUCUUCACCAGAUGUCUGCCAUGAACCACAUUGCUAUGAGCCAGCUGGCACAAAAGUGGAAGCAGCGCCUCAAUGAUAAGACCUGGAUCAUAGAGGUGGACAACUACUGGACCAUGCCUAAUGACUAUGCUCAGAUGGAAGAACUGAACCCUGCCCUCUAUCAACAACUUUCCCAAGCAGACCUCGUUAUAUUUAAAGGAGACUUGAACUACAGAAAACUUGUAGGAGAUUUGAAGUGGGAUUAUACAACCGAUUUCCAGACGAGUUUAAGGGGAUUUCUACCAGCUCCUCUGUGUGCACUUAGGGCACUGAAGAGUAAUUCAGUAACUGGUCUGAAAAAGGGUCAGGCAGAAGUGGCAGAGAAGGAGAGCAGCCAGUGGAUGGUCACUGGGGAGUGGGCAGUGCUCUCUUUCUCUUCAGGCAAGACAACCUCUCAACCCUGUGCCUGUUAG